AUGGCAAUUCAACAGAUGACUAAUAUCCUUGCUCGUUUAGUAGAACAACAGGGUCAAACCCCUGUGAAUCAACCUAGGGAUCCUGAAAUGGGGCAAGAUAGGGCCCUAGAGAGAUUUCAAAAGUUUUCCCCUCCAAAGUUCCUGGGAGGGCCGGACCCUGAAGUGGCUGAGAGAUGGCUAGAAACAAUGAUCAAUAUAUUCACUGCUUUAAAUUAUACGGAGGAUAGACAGGUGCAAUUUGCUAUCUUUCAGUUUGAGGGAUUGGCCAGGGCAUGUUGGAAUGUAGUUAGGGCCAAAUGGGAAAGAGAGGGAACCGCAUGGACCUGGCUGAAUUUCAUGCUAGAGUUUAACGAGAAAUAUCUCCCACCGAUAGUCCAGGAGAAGAGGGAAGAUGAUUUCAUUAAGCUUCGCUAA